CGCGCCGUAUUCGCUGCUGGUCGGGGUCUCUGCCGCCUUUGAGUCGCGGUGUGUGGGUUUCCAGGGGGCGGGAGGCGGAAGGCGCCGAGGAGUGGCGGUCCCCGCCGCCGCCACACGCGUGGGCGAGGCUCGGCGACCCCGCGAGGGACCCGCCUCAGGGCGGGACCGGGUCCCUCCCCGCCCGCCCCGCCCGCAGGUCCGAUGGCGGCGGCCGCGCCGAGGCGCCCGGCUGAGGCCAGGGUGACCUUGGAGGACGUGGCCGUGCAUUUCUCGCGGGAAGAAUGGAGGCUGGUGGACGAGGCUCAGAGACGCCUGUACCUGCGUGUGAUGCUGGAGAACUUUGCCCUUGUGUCCUCUCUGGGUUGCUGCUGUGGAGCCGACGAUGCGGCAGCACCCGGCGAACAGAGGGUUUCUGUGGGCGCCUCGCAGGGGAAGAAUCCCAGGGCAGCCGCGUCUUCCCGGAAGAGACACCCCUGUGAGCGUUGCAGGCCGGUCUUGAGGGACAUUUUCCACUUGGUCGAGCAGCAGACUCCACGCUGGAAAAAGUAUUUAUGUGUGUGGCAAAAGUGGAAAAACCUUUAGUGGAAGCUCAACCCUCAGUCAGCAUCGAAAAUUUCAUGCAGGUCCAAGGCAGUACAAGUGCAGCAAAUGUGGAAAAUCCUUCAGCCACAAACCUGUCCUCAUUAACUCCCAGGAACAACACAAUGGCGAAAACAGUUAUGUGUGCAGCAAAUGUACACAACCGUUUAGUCCUCGUUCAGUGUCCAUUGAAUACCCGAAAGUUCAAAUGCGAGACAAACCUUAUAAGUGUAAGGACUGUGAAAAAUCGUUUACCUCUGUCGCUGCCCUCAGUUAUCAUCAGAGCUCUCACUCAGGAGAAAGGCCUUAUGGGUGCAGUGAUUGUGGGAAAUCUUACAUCUCUAGGUCUGCCCUCCGUUAUCACCAGAGAGUUCACACUGGAGAAAGGCCUCAUGAGUGCAGUGAAUGUGGGAAAUCUUUUAUCACGCGUACAGCUCUUCGUUAUCACCACAGGUCUCACACAGGAGAAAGGCCUUAUGGGUGCAGUGAUUGUGGGAAAUCUUACAUCUCUAGGUCUGCCCUCCAUUAUCACCAGAGAGUUCACACUGGAGAAAAGCCUCAUGAGUGCAGUGAAUGUGGCAAGUCCUUUACCCUAAGAAGUCUCCUCCUUAGACACCUUAUAGGUCAUUCAGGGCACAAGCCUUAUAAGUGUGGUGAAUGUGGGCAAUCUUUUACUAGUAGUUCUAGCCUCCGUUGUCAUCAUAGAAUUCACACUGGAGAAAGACCUUAUAACUGCAGUGAGUGUGGGAACUCCUUUAAGGAUAGGUGGUCACUUGUUAAACACCAGAGAAUUCACACAGGAGAAAGGCCUUAUGAGUGCAGUGAAUGUGGGAAAUCUUUUAUCUCUACAUCUGAAUUCCAGAGUCAUCAGAAAACUCACUCAGGAGAAAGGCCUUAUAAGUGUAAUGAAUGUGGAAAAUCCUUUAUUAAAACGUAUCACCUCCUUUUACACCAGAGAGUACACACAGGAGAAAAACCUUAUGUGUGCUCCGAAUGUGGAAAAUCUUUUACAUUUAGCUCGAGCCUCCGUCAUCAUCACAGAGUACAUACUGGAGAAAGGCCAUAUGAGUGCAGUGAUUGUGGGAAAUCUUUUAACCAGAAGUCGACAUUCAUUCAACACCAGGGAGUUCACACAGGAGAAAAACCUUACGUGUGCACUCAAUGUGGAAAAUCUUUUGCAUAUAGCUCGAGCCUCCGUCAUCAUCACAGAGUACACACUGGAGAAAGGCCAUAUGAGUGCAGUGAUUGUGGGAAAUCUUUUAACCACAAGUCGACACUCAUUAGACACCAGAGAGUUCACACAGGAGAAAAACCUUACGUGUGCACCCAAUGUGGAGAAUCCUUUACCUUUAGUUCCGGCCUCUCCUGUCAUGUAAGAACUCAUCUGAGAAAAGGGCAUAAUGAAUAUGGGAAGUCCUUUGUAUCUAUUUCCACCCUUAAUUACCAUCGGCAAGUUCACACUGGUGAAAAGCUUUAUGAGUGUGGUGAAUGUGGGAAAUCCUUUACCCAAAAGUACCCUCUCCGUGUACACCAGAGACUUCACACUGGAGAAAAACCCUAUGAGUGUGGUGAUUGUGGGAAAUCUUUUCCCUGUAAGUAUAGACUUCGUUUUCAUCAGAAAGUUCACACUGGAGAAAAGCCUGAGUGUGGUGAAUGUGGGAAAUCUUUUACCACUCUCUAUAGUCUUCAUCGUCAUCGGGGAGUACACACUCGAAAAGAGCCAUAUGAGUGCAGUGAGUGUGGGAAAUGUUUUCAGUAUCAGAGUAUGCUCAUUCAACACCGUCAGGUUCAUUCUGGAGAAAAGCCUUAUGAAUGCAAUGAAUGUGGGAAACCUUUUACCACUAUCUAUGGUCUUCGUUAUCAUCAGAGACUACACACAGGAGAAGGAACUUACAAGUGCAGUGAAUGUGGGAAAUCUUUUACCAGAACAUCCCAUCUUCAUCGGCAUCAGAGAGUUCACUCUGGGGAAAAGCCUUAUGAGUGCAGUGAAUGUGGGAAAUGUUUUACCAGAAAGACUGAUCUUCAUCGUCAUCAGAGACUUCACACUGGAGAAAGGCCCUAUUAGUGCAAUGAUUGUGGGGAAGGUUUUACCUAUGGCUCUGGACUCCAUUAUCAUCAAAAAUUCACACUGAAGAAAGACCUUAUGAGUGCACUGAUUGUGGGAAAUCUUUUAUGACGAACACUCAUCUUCAUAAACAUCAGAGAACACACAGCAGAAAUGCUUUUUGAGUGAUGUGAAUGUGGUUAAUCUAUUAGCCAAAAUUCUAACCUCUGGGCACAUAACAUAUGUAGGAAAUGUUUCUUUGUUCAGUGUUAACACUGAAGGAAACAGGCUUCUGUUGUCUGACUUCUAUUCCAUAAAUUCUGUCCUUAACAGUAGGGAGAGUCUCCAUAAUUUUCGUUCGGUGGGAAAUGUGUACUUACGUUAUACUUUCUUUUUAAAAAAAUAUAUUUUAUUGAUUUUGGUUUUUUUACAGAGAGGAAGGGAGAGGGAUAGAGAGCUAGAAACAUCGAUGAGAGAGAAACAUCGACCAGCUGCCUCCUGCACACGAUUUGCCCGCAACCAAGGUACAUGCCCUUGACCAGAAUCGAACCUGGGACCUUUCCAUCCGCAGACCGAAGCGCUAUCCACUGAGCCAAACCGAUUUCGGCACGUUCUACUUUCUAACCUGCCCAGGGCUGAGUGCAGAUUUUUUUUUUUUCUUCUGGUUAUUUCUGGUUUUUAUUUUAGCACAAAAUAAUUUUAAACAAAACUUUUAUUAAUCAUGUAUAAUAACUAAUAGUGAAAUAAUAAAAUGAUUAUAUUAAGUA